GUUACUUGUAAGUCAUUCCAAAAGAGAGAAAACAGUUUUGUUGCUUAAAGAACAUGGUGGAACUAGCGACCUACCGAAUGAUGGGCUAUAUUUUCGCCAAUGUUUGCAUUGUGCUAUCGGUCCUGGAAGCUGCCAAGUGUUUAACAAAAAUAGGUAAUGGAUACGAUCUGGUUCCUUCGGUGGAGCUGCUGUUAGCGAUAUUGUGCAUAGUGUUUAGUUUGGUGUUGAUUAUUGGAAUCAAACGGGCGAACGUGUCUUGUGUAAAAUCGAAUAGAGCCUUUUUGAUAUUCCUGAAUACGAUAGCUAUAAUUUUUACAGUGAUGGAAUAUAUUUACACUAUGCUCGUCUACCGAAGGAUAGAUAAAGGAUGGAUCACCUUGAUUAUAGCUGUAGUGUUAUUUAUAGUGAUAUUUUUACUGGAGUUAUGGAUUUUGAAUGGUGUUUUACGAUAUGUAGAAAGCAAACAAAAAGUUGAGAUUGCUACUAUUGUCACUGAAGACACUUUGACUGUUUAAUGGAAUUUUGGAAUGUAAAUUCCAAUUUGAGCAAUUAAAGCUUCCACUACGUUACAGUGAUUGGCAACAAAUUGUGAUAGUUCAAAAGAAAUAAUUCAGAUAAAAAUAUCCACCCUAUUGAAUAAAACAGAUGACGCCUGCGCAACGAAUUGCAUUUUAUACGCUUAGGGUGAACAAGUGCAAAGCGUAAUGCUGAAUAAAGCGAGAUAUAUAUAGUCUUUUAGAAAUAUUCUUCAACUUUUUAUACUGGUACCUGUAAUUAGGAAUAAACGGAUCGGAACCACAAAUCCAGUCAUGAAAACCUACUUUUUAUGAAAGUCGCGAAAUAAGAAAUUAGAUUGAUUUUUCCUGACAAUCCAGAAGUAAAAACAAUUUAAAUAUAAUUUUACCGAGCAGCUUCUCAACUAUUUAAUGAAAAAAUAUAUAGAUAUGAAGGACAAGAAGAAUAAAUUCGUUAUCCCGAAAAAAAAUGUA